AUGACUGUCACCCCGUUGCGGAACUGCAUCUCACGCCGCGCCUUCGGAAAAACUGCGCGACUUCUUAACUUGGACUACCAGGGCUAUAAGACGGCCACAGUGCGUGAGGCGGCACCUGAGUGGGCCGGCAAAGCUGUGGUAAAUGGAAGAAUAAAGGACAUCAGCUUCAAUGACUACAAGGGCAAAUAUGUUGUUCUUCUUUUUUAUCCCAUGGAUUUCACCUUUGUGUGCCCCACAGAAAUUACGGCCUUUUCAGAUGCUCAAGCCGAGUUUGAUAAGAUGAACACCCAGGUUGUUGCAGUGUCAUGCGACAGCCAAUACUCGCAUCUCGCUUGGAUCGAAACUCCGAGGAAGCGAGGUGGUCUUGGCGAAAUGAAGAUUCCCGUGCUUUCUGACCUCACCAAGGAAAUAUCCCGUGACUAUGGGGUUUUGAUUGAGGAGCAAGGGGUCUCUCUGCGCGGUCUGUUCAUCAUCGACGAUAAGGGAAUUCUUCGUCACAUCACGGUGAAUGAUUUACCGGUGGGUCGCAGUGUCGAAGAAGUGCUUCGGGUUGUGCAAGCAUUUCAGUAUGCCGACAAAAACGGGGACGUGAUUCCGUGCAACUGGAAGCCGGGCAGGCCAACAAUGAAGCCUGAAAAGGCAAGCGAAUAUUUUGAGAAGAAUAAUUAA